UCAACUGCUUCAUCGUCUCAAGAGGAAAAGCCGUGCAGAGCGACAACGAUGCUACUUUCCUGGUCUAAUGACUACAGAAACUACAAUGACCUCGGCUGGUCUUGUGGCUACGGCAGGGUCAAUAAUCACCACUAUUCAGCUUUUAGGGAAGUGGACCUCCACUGUCAGACCAACAACAACAAGCACCACACCAGUGAAAUCUCAGUGAAGCAGCUGAUUGUGAGACGAGGCCAGCCGUUCAACAUAACCCUUAAAAUGGCAAAACCUUUCAACCCUGACUCUGAUCAGCUCAUCAUGAAAGCUGAGACAGGAAAAUAUCCAUCUGAGAAGCAAGGGACCAUGUCUCUGUUUGGUGUUCCAGACAAAGUGGAAUGUUCAUUUUCUGCUAAGGCGGUCUGGAAGGCAGAGUUUCAGAAAAACAGCGUUCCUGAACCAACAAUCUUGGCUCUCACUAUAACUCCUCCUGCUGACACUCCUAUAGGGGAGUACAAGCUAUCGGCACAACUUCGGGCUGAAGAAAAGGAGUUAGCAAAACUUUCGGUGCUCUUCAACCCUUGGUGUUCCGAUGACUGGGUGUUUCUGCCUAACGAGGAAGAGAGAGAAGAGUAUGUUAUGAACGAACAUGGAAUAAUCUAUACCGGAGCUGAUCACUGCAUCUCAAAACGUUUCUGGGACUUUGGACAGUUUGAAGAGGACAUGGUGCAAAUAUGUCUGAAGAUACUUGACCUCAACGUCAAACACAAGCGGGACCCAGCAGAUGACGUUUCUGCCCGCUGUAACCCCAUCUAUGUCAGCCGUGUGAUUAGCAAUAUGAUUAACAAUGGCAUCCUAGAGGGAAAUUGGUCAAAUGAUUAUAGAUAUGGUAAACCACCAACUCACUGGAGUGGCAGCUAUGCCAUCCUCAAACAGUGGUAUGCCUCCCUCUGCAGCAGGGUCAAGUACGGACAGUGCUGGGUGUUUGCCGGUGUUAUGUGUUCAGUGAUGCGCCUGCUGGGAAUCCCCUGCCGUGUGGUAACCAACUUCCAGUCUGCUCAUGACACCAACCAGAACUUAAUCAUAGACAACUACUAUGAUGAAUAUGGAAUUAAAGACAAAGCUACCCGUGACAGCAUCUGGAACUUCCACGUCUGGGUAGAGGGAUGGAUGAGGCGACCAGAUCUGGCAGAUGAUGGCAGAUAUGAUGGCUGGCAGGUUCUAGAUGCAACUCCACAGGAAAAGAGUGAAGGUAUGUACUGCUGUGGUCCAGCUCCAGUCAAAGCCAUCCUGAACGGGGACACUCACCUCAAAUAUGAUGUACCGUUUGUCUUCGCUGAAGUCAAUGCUGACCGUGUGAACUGGCAGAUUAGAAGAGAUGGAUCCAAGAUAAAGAUAUCAUCUGACACCAGGACCGUUGGGCGGUACAUCUCCACAAAGUGCCUGGGGUCAGACCAGAGGCUGGACAUCACAGAUACCUACAAACACAGAGAAGGAACGGCGCACGAAAGGAAUGUCUUCAAUAACGCCCUGGACAGAUUGGAGAAUGGAUCAGGAGAAUCCACCCUGCGAAGAAAUGAGGCACCACAACUGACCAUUCAAUUUAAACAGGAGUCCACACCUGUGAAUGGUCAGGAUGUGAACUUGAAGCUGGUGCUGAACAGUGACAGCAGCGCUGCCAGGAAGCUGUUCAUCAACAUUAAUGUCCAGGCCAUGAGGUACACUGGCAAACCAGUAGCGAACAUCCAGAAUCAGGUUAUCGAGAAGGAACUGCUCCCUGGGAAAGAUUUGAUCAUCCCAAUCCAUGUCCCAUACUCGACCUACAAUAAACGCAUGGUACACUGUGAGAGCAUGAAUUUUUCAGCCUUGAUCACAGACCUGCAGAAUGAAGAUAACAUAUAUCUGGGAAGCAAAUGUGUUGUGCUGAAAGACCCGCCAAUGACUAUCAGAGUUUCUGACGAAGUAAGAGUGAAACAGGAAAUGACUGUCGAAGUGGCUUUCACAAAUCCAGUCAACGAGAUCCUGAGAAAUUGCACUCUGACUCUCUCUGGAACGGGCUUGUUUAAAUGGGAGGAAAUAGCCAGACUUCCAGAUCUGAUGCCAAACAAAACAUUACUUGUCAAAUUGAACAUUGUUCCCUACAAGAGCGGAAAAAAGACUUUACUGGUCGACUUUGACUGUGCCUCCUUCAGAGACAUAAAGACCAGCUGCAUUGUUCAUGUCAAACCUUGAACUCUUCUGAUGUACUUUUCCUCUGAAUGCAUUUAACGCAAACGCUGCGGCAUUUAUAUCUGCUGAAGGCUUCAGAAAUGUUAUUGUAGUUCAGAAAUCAUUGUAAUAAGGGGUAUUUUGUUAAAUGGCAGUAUGGACAAGGCAUUAUUUUUGUAUAUUUUAUUUUUCUUACUAACUUUAUACGUUUUCUACUUUUAUAACUUGGAAAAUCAUAAACGUGCUAUGA